GCGGAGAGAGGCCGAGCUUGCUGCAUUGCAGCCGCCGCGGCGCCGCUCCACUCCUCCCGGACAACAAUGGCGGCUCCGAGCCCGAGCGGCGGCAGCGGGAGCGGCUCUCCCGGCGCCGUGGGGCCCCCCGGGCCAGGCCAUACGGCCGUCAGCAGCAUGCAGGGCUUUCAGAUAAACUUCUGUGAAAAGGCACAAAGUAAACGUAAAGCACUGAAGCUGAAUUUUGCAAAUCCUCCUUUCAAAUCUACAGCACGAUUUACCCUGAAUCCUUCAGGAGUCCAAAACCCACACAUAGAGAGACUGAGAACACACAGCAUUGAAUCAUCAGGAAAACUGAAGAUCUCCCCCGAACAGCACUGGGAUUUCACUGCAGAGGACUUGAAAGACCUUGGAGAAAUUGGACGAGGAGCUUAUGGUUCUGUCAACAAAAUGGUCCACAAACCAAGUGGGCAAAUAAUGGCAGUUAAAAGGAUUCGAUCUACAGUGGAUGAAAAAGAGCAAAAACAGCUGCUUAUGGACUUGGAUGUGGUGAUGAGAAGUAGUGAUUGCCCAUAUAUUGUUCAAUUUUAUGGAGCACUCUUCAGAGAGGGUGACUGUUGGAUCUGUAUGGAACUCAUGUCUACCUCGUUUGACAAGUUUUACAAAUAUGUAUAUAGUGUAUUAGAUGAUGUUAUUCCAGAAGAAAUUUUAGGCAAAAUCACUUUAGCAACUGUGAAAGCACUAAACCACUUAAAAGAAAACUUGAAAAUUAUUCACAGAGACAUAAAACCUUCUAAUAUUCUUCUGGAUAGAAGUGGAAAUAUUAAACUCUGUGAUUUUGGCAUUAGUGGACAACUUGUGGAUUCCAUUGCCAAAACAAGAGAUGCUGGGUGCAGGCCAUAUAUGGCACCUGAAAGGAUAGACCCAAGUGCAUCGAGACAAGGAUAUGAUGUCCGUUCUGAUGUGUGGAGUCUGGGGAUCACACUGUAUGAGCUGGCUACGGGCCGAUUCCCUUACCCAAAGUGGAACAGCGUAUUUGAUCAGCUGACACAAGUAGUAAAAGGAGACCCCCCACAGCUGAGUAAUUCCGAGGAAAGGGAAUUUUCCCCAAGCUUCAUUAACUUUGUCAACUUGUGCCUUACAAAGGAUGAAUCCAAAAGGCCAAAGUAUAAAGAACUUCUGAAACAUCCCUUUAUUUUGAUGUAUGAAGAGCGCACAGUGGAGGUUGCAUGCUACGUUUGUAAAAUCCUGGAUCAAAUGCCAGCAACUCCCACCUCUCCCAUGUAUGUUGAUUGAUAUUGCUGCUACGUCAAACUCUAGAAAAAGGGCUGAGAGGAAACAAGAUGUAAAGAAUUUUCAUCCAUCACAGUGUUUUUAUUGCUUGCCCAGACACCAUGUGCAAUAAGAUUGGUGUUCGUUUCCAUCAUGUCUGUAUACUCUUGUCACAUAGAAAGUGCAUCCCUAUAAUAUCUGAUUGAUCACACAGUGUUAGUGCUGGUCAGAGAGACCUUAUCCUGCCCUUUUGUGAUGAGCAUAUUCAUGAUAUGUGGAAGUCAGUAUAAUUGAUCUAUUGACAGUGAUUGGAUUGCAUUUUAAAUUCAUUUCUAGACUCAAAACUUGGAGAUGCAGCUACUAGAAUGGUGUUCUCAAAUUCCCAAAUAUUUUAAGAAGGAGGCAACAUUAGUGUGCCAUGUGCGAAUAUAGAGAUGUAGGACUGAAUGAGAAGAACUGGCAAGGCCAGUGAGACACACACAGCGCCUUCUGAAGUUGAACGACAAAGGAGGAAUUUACUUCUUCACUAAGUGCAAUAGAUUUACUGAUUUGAUGUUCUGUUGCUUUACAGUCACUGUGUAUGUUCUGGGUCAGUGUGCUCAACUGAAUUUCCUGUUCAAAUGAAAUAUAUUAAAUUAGAGUGACUGUCUUUACCAAAAAAAAAAAAAUGUUGCGUUGAAAGAGACUAACAUUAAAACCCUGAGACAGGACAGAAUGUGUUCUUUUUCUCCUUUCCCAAUACAGCUUUUCUUCAUUGGGAAGAUCCAAGAGCUUGCCACUUGUCAGAGAAGGUGCUGACCCUAAGAAUCUUUGAUUUAUUAGAAUUCAGUGUGCUGCCAAAAUGAUGCUCUACCUACCACAAACCCCCAGGACUAAAAGAAGAAAAAAAAAGUGCAAAAGGCAAAGCUGAACAAUUUUUUUUAAUCCUAAGGUCUUCUCUGAGACAAACAACUUACAGUAACUCCAGUUCCGAUUCUCCUUUGCCCCAGGCCUGAUACUUUUCUAGGCGUAAUGCCCUGAUAGAGAAGAGGAGCAAAUUGCUUUGCUUGAUUAGAUAGAAGUUUGUUUCCUACAAACAGCACAAGAUUUUGCUUCUAGUCAUCCCUGCUCCAGAACUUGAGUUCUGAAAUAUUCACUUCAUGUGGCUGCCUACGGUUGCUAUAUUAUCAUUUGCUUAAUCUGCUAUUUGAACCUUUCAUCUUCUGUGAAUUUUUUUAUUUGCCCCAAACUUCUCUAACGAUGGCCUUUAACCCCAAAUAUGUCUUAUGAAAUAUUUUAAUAUUAUAGGGGUUUGGAAAUAUGGCACACUGGAUAGUGUGAUAAAAGAAUCUGUUUUUUCUACUAGAAAUAAAUUUGGCCAGAAGUCAAUUUGAAAUGGCUUCCUGGAAUUGGAAUUCUUGGUGGAUAAGAAAAGCCCAAAGAUAGGAAGUGUUAAAAAGCCAUUUAAGUCUCCUGCCUUUUGCUAACAACCAUCCCCUCUUUGGGUGUCAGCUGUGUACCCUCUUCACUCUGUAUCCUGGGGCACAAAAAAUUAGGCUGUGUGUAGCAAAAGUUAUCAUGCAUGGUUAGAGGCAUGCUAGAGUAUGUAUUAGACAUGGUUGGGUCUGCAAGGGAUACCAUUACAGAACUAAAUCAUGGCAGCAAUUGCUCAUUCUCCUUCCAGGGCUUGUGAUAUUAGAAAAUGGAACAAUAAAGAAAGAAUGGUGCUAUUGGAAGUUACAUGCCUGUAAUUUCAGAUUUAAAAAUGGUUCUUCCUUUUUGGUCAUUAUGUCUACUUGUCAGAGACAUGAGAAGUGACAGGAUGUAUGCCUUCCUUCCACUGCAUUAAGCCAUUGCUCUUUCCUGCAUCUCUACUGAGGGGAGUUUUCUUCUCUAUUGUCAACUUCUUCCUGUCUGGUUCAGCACGUGGUCACUUUGCUAUUUUUCUAAUGGAGAUGAAAGCAAUUCUGACUGUCCAGGAGCUAGUCUGACCAUUCUCUUGUGUGGAUGAUCUUAUAAGAGGCAAUUUAUUAGUGUAUUAAUCAUAGAUUAUUAUAAACUAUUAAGGGCAAGGAGUUUAUUACAAUGUAUCUUUAUUUUUUAAAAAAAAGGGUAUACAGUGUUCACGGACUGUGAAAAUAGUGUAAGAACUGUACAUUGUGAGCUCUGGUUAUUUUUUUUUUCUUGUACCAUAGAAAAAUGUAUAAAAAUUAUCAAAAAGCUAAUGUGCAGGGAUAUUGCCUUAUUUGUCUGUAAAAUGGAUCUUAGUAACAUAUCUGCUUCUCAGAGCUUUGGAAUAUUUUAUCCUGUAUUCUGGUUUGAAUUACUUCUCUAUUUAAGAUAUAUCAUGGAAUCGAAGUGUUUAUGUAAUAGUUCUAUCCUUUUUUGCCUGCAGGUCAGUUGUAAUAAAUCUAGGAUGUGAUGAUGA